AUGGAUCCGCCUGGUUCAUCGGCCUUGGCCUACCAAGGCGUCCCGAGCCUCGCUGCCUCAUCGCUCCAAGGAUAUGGAUCGUCGCCAUCCCAGGACCUCAUCCCAGUCUCGCUUGCCGGCUCGGCCAGCCCUGCCAGCUCGACUCAGAUAAGCGAGUCUGUGGCGCCCCAUCCCCCGCACCAGCGACAGAAGCGGACCAACUUCACCCGGGCCCAGCUCGAAGCCCUCAACGGCCUCUACAUCAAGUGCCAUCGCCCACACAAGGACGACCUCGUCGAGCUCGGCCGAGUCAUGGACAUCGACAUCACCACCGUCCGAACCUGGUUCCGCAACAAGCGCCAAACGCAUAAGCGUCAGAUGCUGGCGGCCAUGUCUGCUUCCGUGCAGAUGGAUGUCGCCCUCGCUGCUGCCGCAGGCCCGCUCGCUUCUGCUGGCCUGCCCGAUGCACCCACAUCGAGCCAAGACCGGGAUUCGCCCGCGCGGAUGUCUUCCCGUGCCGCCUCGGCCGUCUCCUCGGUCGACGGCAGUCCCGUCGUCGUUGCUAUUGAUGCUCCGGUGUCAGCCGCAAGUGUCGCCGCUGUCCAUGGUUCGACAGCCCAUCCGGCGAAUCUUGUCGGUUCCGCCGGCCAGACCCCGGCCUUUGUCGCGGCCCGGGUCGGCCUUCCCGAGCCGCACGUUCCUUCCAUGUACGUUCAGCACAUUCCCGAGGCUCCCCAGCACAUCGAUCAAGCUGCGCUGCGUGUCGACCAAGGUGCCCUGUACGCCUUCAAUGCCCAUCAAUACGCCCCCGAGUUCUCCUAUCCGGCGUCGGAACUCACUGGCUCGACUCUGAGCUCCUCCACUCAUCCGUUGCCAGCCUUUCCAGCCAGGCUCUCCCCGCUGGCCACCAUCGUGGUCUCGCAGCCGCCCGCCGUCUCCGAACAGCUGUAUGCUCAAGCCCAGGCUCAAGCCCAGGCCCAAAACCCGAGCCCAAGUCCGCUCUCGGCUGCUGGUCUCUCGCCGCUCGAUGCCUAUUCGCACCAGCCCCUUGCGCCCCCCGGCCCGUAUCCGCCCAGGGCGCUGUCGCGUCCUGACCCGUCGAUCCCGUCGCUCCCGUCCAUGGUCUAUUCCUUCAGCACCCCGCACCUGUCGACGCAGUUUCCCUCUUCCCCAAGCGCCUCGUCGCUCUCACCCUCGUCGCCUGUCUCCUACCUCCGCCGCGGCCGAUCGGCUUCGGUCCAGAUCGAUUGUCCGCAACUGGUCUCGAGCCUCGCCGGAGAGAAGAUGGCCGCCGAUCCCAACCUCAAGCGGCGGGGUCGUCCACAGGGCCUGCGGACCCGCACCGCUCUGCGCCUGGACACCACGGCCCCGGCUCUGCUGCGAGCAACCCGCAUGGGGAAUCCGCCCACGUCCACUCCGUCGGUAUCCUCCUUUGACGAGAUCGCCGAGUCCUUCUCAAGCAACGUCAAUCUCAUCUCGCCGCGCUACUCGCCAUACUCGCCAUAUUCGCCUUCGACCAUCUGGUCGCCCGGUUCUUCCGGCCAUGUGGUCAGCAGCAGUCACUCGCCCAACACCAGUCUGCCUGACCAUCCCAGCGGUCUUGCCAGCGUCCGGGUCUCACCGCUGCCGCAGGGCUAUGGUCAAAAGUACCCGUUAUCGCUCAGCACCAGCUGUAGCAGCAGUUCAGUCUCGCUCGGUGUGGGUCUCUCAAGUCCCCAAGUUGCUCGGUCCCAGAGUGGCACGGCUGCGCUCUCGCCGUGGCCGCCACAGACCCCGCUGGACCUCAUGAAUGCACCAACGCCGACCAUCUCGUCGGCGCCUAUAGGACCCGCAGCCCAGCUGACUCCAACGAUGCUGCUGCCACCAAUGGCGCUGGCCACACCGACAAUGCCACCGCCCGACCCAAUGCCACAGCCCGUGGGUCUACAGAACCCGAUCUACUCAACCACCCUGGACCCAUCCGCAGCAGCGGGCAUGUAUUCGUAUCCUGUUCAAGCUCACCCUGGCUACUCGUCGAUCCCACAGGCCGCUCCGCCGCCAUCUGCCCCGCUCAUGGCCGCUGCUUCCGUGUCGAUCGCCAGUACGCCCACCCCCGUUGCCAACCAGCCAGACGGAGUCUUCUACGAUGUCGAUGGAUACAUCAACCUGCUGAUGCAAGCGCAUUCGCAGAACCAGCUUCGGCUAUAG